AUGAUGUUCUAUUUAAUUUUCAUUCUGACAACGGAACUGUUAACAUCUUUGAAAGUAACUAAAGUAUGUUCUUUGCGAGCUUUUUGUUACUUGUCUUUUGUAACCUGAGUCAUCAGCAGACAUUUGACCCAGGUUGCAGUUUCUCUAAUGGUCAGUGUAUUUACAAUGUAAAACUCGGUCAUGAGAAACAUUGUGAUGCGCCAACAAAACGUGCUUCGUCCGAUGGUUCAAGUACGACGUCUUCCGGAUUUCAAGCUUGUUCAUGCAAAGAUGUUGAGAGCCUUCAAACGAAUAUGAAUUCCCUUCUGUCAACUGUAAGCGCACUUCAACAUAACUUCAACACAAUGUCAAGUCAACUGAAUGUUACACAAGAGAGACUUGGAUUGAAAGAGUCCGAGAUGGCAAGACUUCUUACUAACAACCACAAUGUUACCACCCAGUUAGCCAAUCAACAACUGUUGCUGAAUAAAAGCAAGACUGAGUUAGCAAAUACUGUAGAAACGUUGAAUAAAGAGCUUGACCGAGUGAGAAUGGAACUACGAAACACAAAUGAUCAACUGACAACGUGCAAAAUUGCUUCAAAUCAAAUCGAUGGGCAUAAGUCAAAUACUCCCGUUUUAUAUGGCAAUUUUGUGACCCACUAUUGCGGAUUUGAGGACAUUCAUAACUGUAAUUAUACACUUGAAACGUGUAAAGGCAGCGACGAAGAUUGUUGGACUAAAGGCACUGGACGACAGGAUGUAUAUUCGGGCCCAAUCGAAGAUCACACUUUCGGUGCCCCUAAUGGGCAUUACAUGUUCAUUGAUCCAAGCCAUAAACCAGCUUACUCAUCGUCAUCAUCAUCGUCGUCUUCAUCGCAUCCUUCUAGAUACGCUCGAAUGACUUCUCCUACACUUCCACCAGCAAAUCGUUAUUGUGUAAGAUUCUGGUACACACUCGUUGGACGGGACAUAGGAAACCUGAGAGUUUAUGCACAGGUUGGUGGUGGCAAUGGGUACCCUGUAUUUGAGAUGUCUGGACAGGUUGACAAGUACUGGCAUAUGGCACAGAUAUCUCUUGAUUCAGAGUAUACAGCUCAACCGUUCAAGAUUGUGAUUGAAGGUAGCACAAAUUCGUACUAUGUGUACUCUUACAACUCCCACCAUACCAAUCAUAAUAUGCAAGGUUACAUAUCCGUCGAUGACGUUUACAUUUACAAUACUUCGUGUACCGAUGUACCAAAAUGUCCUGCCGGAGCUAGAAAAAUGACUGUCGGUAACGUUACCUCAUGCUACACUUUUCAUGUGACACCAAAGUCUUGGUCCGAGGCUGUCAAAGUUUGCAAAGCUGAGGCACCGAACGCUCAUUUGAUAAGUGUCAACUCCAAAAAAGAACAAGACUUUAUCUCGGACACUAUACAGAGCGAUGCAACAUAUUCGUCGGUUGGAAGCUCUGGCUGGUACACGAGCGGUUCGGAUGAAAGAAAUGAAGGUAGUUUUGCGUGGACCGACACGGGCUUCCCGUAUGCAUUAAACUACACAAACUGGCACGUGGGCCAACCAAACAAUGUCGGUAACGUCCAAAAUUGCCUUCUCCUGCAAUACAGCGACGUCAAGUACGAGUGGGGCGAUAUUAAUUGCCAGGACAAACAUCCAUUUAUUUGUGAAAUGCACGUGUAAUGAUAAUGCAAUUGUUAAAUGCACAUGUAAACAAAAUAAAGUCAAAGAAAUGUU